AUGGCUCCUCGCAAGAAGGGUCCCUUCAGUGAUCACCAUAUUUAUCCAAAACAAACUGAAAAAUCAUUUGCAAUUUAUUUUAUUGUAAAACGUAUCUCUUCUGAUGAUGCAACCUUUGAAAAUGUUUCCCCAUUUCUUGUGGAGAAAGCCCUUUCUAAUGUCAGUGAAGUUGCUAAUGUGCGUAAGCUACGGACAGGAGACUUGCUCGUUGAAGUGGCAUCUCGUCAACAGUCGCAAAAAAUUAUGAAAUAUAAAAACUUUGGUACCAUAUCUGUUUCUGUCUCUCUCCAUAAUUUAUUAAACUUUUCAAAAGGAGUAAUUACAUGUGUUGAGCUGUUAAAUGAAACUUUGGACGUCAUUGAAAAGGAACUGAAAAGUCAAGGAGUCACACAUGUGUGCCGUAUCACGAUUAGGCUCGAUGGUAAACUCCUGGAAACCAAACAUCAUGUUCUGACGUCUAAUUCUCCCAAGCUUCCAGACUCAAUCAAAGCUGGAUAUAUGAAAUUGAUUGUGAGGCCCUAUGUGCCAAAUCCAUUGCGGUGCUUUAAAUGCCAGCGUUUUGGCCAUUCAAAGGCAAACUGCCGUGGGGCCCUUACAUGCGCCCUUUGUGCAGCCGCUGGUCAUGAAAGCAAUGAAUGUUCACAAAAGGAAAAAUGUGUUAAUUGCAAAGGAACCGAACUUUUAAAAAUCCAUCCUUCUGGCGAGGAUGAUGAUGAUUUACAAAUGAGUUGCGAACCGCCAGCAACUCUGCCUAUUGGUGCUGAUAACAGUCCUCCUCUUAUUCCUUAA